AUGCUGCCUCCGAUAAGCAGGUGGAACUUGGAAGACGCUCUGUUCCGCGAGCUUACCACGCAGGCUGCUGCAGGCGACAUCCCUCAAGCGAAGGCUACGCUCUCCGUAUGGCCAGGGAUCGUCACAGGUAUCGACUGUUACGAUCUGAACCUCGAGAAUGACAACUCGAAGAUCGUACGUGUUGUCGCUCCCGUUCUCUUCAAUCUUGUCAUACUCACUGGCCGCCCUGAAGACGUGCAUCGUCAACUGGGAGUUCACCACCGCACGCCCGAUUUGGGCGUGCGCGCACGUCUCCGCCUUCCUACAAUCUUCGCCCUUCAAUGCAAACUUCUCUUCCGCGCGACCGUCGAGCACCUCGCCCGCUCCCCCGAUGUGCUCAUGAUCCACGGCCGCCCCGUGCUCAUCUCGCUCGCCGACCUUGCUCGCUUCUGGCUGUACUAUGAGGCGACUGGCAUGGCUCGGCGUGAAGGAGGCGCUCGUCCUCGGCCUCAAGGUGCACGACCUGUAGUCGCGACCGUCGGGACCACGAACACGGGCGCGAUGGACCGCGUCAACGAAAUCGGGCAAAUCCUGAAAGACUACCCCUUCAUCUGGUUGCACGUCGACGCCGCGUGGGCCGGCAUAUCCUUUGUUUGCCCCGAGUACCGCGAGCAGAGCCAGCUCGCUGCCAUCAAUGAGCACGCAAACUCGUUCUGCACCAAUUUCCACAAGUGCCUCGUCAACUUCGACGCGACCGCACUCUGGGUCUGCCAGCACCGCGACCUGAUCGACGCACUCGACGUCACCCCCACGUUCCUGCGCACGAAGCAGUAUGACGCCAGUCAGUCGCUCGCUCAACUCACGCUCCUUCGGGCAGUCCACGCCCUCGCCGCCGCCGCCGCCGCCGCCGCCUGA